UUUUCGAAAAAAGCGGUCGCUGGAGGAAAUACAGCUGAUUUUAUAGGAGUUUGUUAUCAAUAGGAAAAUAGCGCACUAUUUCAGACACACACACACAUAUACACACACACACGCACACUGAUACAUACAUUUCUACACACACUCUGUGGAGAUUGUCGGAGUUUCUGCGCUGUUUAUCGGAUUAAAGUGGCGGAUUUGGUGAAACUUUAAUCUCGUUUUCUGUCAGGGUUUGAGCUCCACACUACCCUGGCAGUUCGGCUGAGUCACUGCAGUGUUAGUAACAGUGUUCACAUCUAUACUCCUCGUCUGUCCUUCAUCAUGGCUCCCAAUCCAGAGCUCUCCUACCUGGACCGUGUCGUCAUGGAGAUCAUGGAGACGGAACGCAUGUAUGUCCGAGAUCUGCACAGCAUCGUGGAGGGCUACCUCGCCCACAUUAUAGACACUGCAGAUUUACCCAUCAUACCUGAACAGGUGUGUGCUUUGUUCGGAAACAUUGAGGACAUCUACGAGUUCAACAGUGAGCUGCUGCAAGAGUUGGAUUUGUGUAAAAAUGACCCAGUGUCCAUCGCCAGGUGUUUCGUACUAAAGAGUGAUUACUUUGAGAUCUACACACAGUACUGCACCAACUACCCAAACUCAGUUGCUGCGCUAACAGAAUGUAUGAGAAAUAAAACACUGCUGAAGUUUUUCAUGGAGAGACAGGAAGCUCUGAAACACCCACUUCCUCUUGGCUCGUACCUUCUCAAACCUGUACAGAGAAUACUGAAAUAUCAUCUGCUCUUACAGGAGAUAGCAAAGCAUUUUGAUCCUGAUGAAGAUGGUUAUGAUGUGGUGGAGGAGGCCAUUAACACCAUGACUGAAGUAGCCUGGCACAUAAAUACCAUGAAGAGAAAACAUGAACAUGCAGUCCGUCUACAGGAAGUGCAGUCCUUGCUGAUUAACUGGCGCGGUCCUGACUUAACCACAUAUGGUGAACUUGUUCUGGAGGGAACCUUCCGCUUUCACCACACAAAAAACAACAGAACCCUCUUCCUGUUUGAGCGGGUUCUACUCAUCACCAAACGACGUGGAGAGAACUUCAUCUACAAAACACACAUCACUUGUUCGACACUAAUGCUAAUGGAAGGAACAAAGGACUCGCUGUGUUUUAGCGUCACACAUUACAAGCACCCUAAACAACCUCACACAGUGCAGGCCAGAACAAUGGAGGAGAAGAAACUCUGGACUCAUCACAUCAAACGACUCAUUUUAGAAAAUCAUCACACCAUCAUUCCACAGAAGGCUAAAGAGGUGAUUUUAGAAAUGGAUCCAAUGUAUCAGAAGUACAGAUUUAACGCUGAGAGGAAAAAGAAAACGCAGUCUGAUGAUUUCACACACGCUCGUCAGUCAGAAUUAACCAAACAGAUGCUGAAAAACAACAAAGGUAGAUUAACUCACUCGGUCAGUGAAGGAGAACUGCGAGAAAACCUUAUCGCUCUGGGCUCCACCUCAGGCAAGUUGCAGGAUCUGAGUGUGGAGGACAGAUGCACUAACAGAGAGGAUGCUACACACUGUGGGCUUCAGGAUGAGGAAGAGAAGGGAAGUGAAUCAGAUGAUGUGAUAUCGGAGGAUUUUAGCAGCUCCAUGAUUUCCUGUUGGAGCUUCAGGGCUAAAGCCCUGCUGCAGCUCAACACGGAUGAAGAGUGGCAAGGACAUGGAGACACCCAACUGUCACAGCAGGAGGAGAGAGAGGCUUCACCAAGCAUAUUACAGUUCCAGAAUAACACAGCAGAGCUUGGAUCUUCAGAGGGAUUAAAAUCCAUCUCUGAUUGUGAGCGAGCAAAAAUUGGACACAGUGUUUAUCAUGUGAGCGCUGUGGAGGGAUCUGACCUGUAUGAGGUAAAAGAAGAAAUUGUGCGGAAUCAGGAUGGACAGUCUUCAGAAGAUGAAGUGGAGGAGUACUGUGCAGGAAGUGAGAAUCACUCCAUCCUUCCAUCGUCUGUUCUUGAUAAAGCAAGUGUCAUUGCUGAACAUUUUAUUGCUAACGCUCGCCGCAGUAGUGCAGCACCAGAUGAGCUUCGGUCUCCUCAGCGAAAUCAACAGGAAGUAACAUCAAGCAAAAACGUAGCUGCUAAUUUUAACCUUCUGUCCCCAAGAGAGGAGAUGGUGUCUGGAUCAGAUCGACAUGUCUGUAGAAGGAGAGAUUCUACUCUGUCCAAACAGGAACAGCUGCUCAUUGAUAAGAUCAGGAACUACUAUGAAAAUGCUGAGCAGCAGGAUGCAGGUUUCAGCCUGAGGCGCAGAGAGAGCCUGACAUACAUCCCAAGUGGGUUAGUGCGCACGUCUGUCAGCCACUUUAACAAAAUCCCUCACACUGACCAUCGGAAUAAAUCACCAAACACAGAAAUAUCAUUAGUAACAUCAUCACCUGUAAGUUCUGACAUCAACACUAAACCUGAACAACUCGGAGAUCUGGACAGCAGAGAGGCUGAUGGCUCUGUGAAUCACAAAUCAGAAGAGUUUUCAGAGGAAUGUUUCCGUUCGUCAGCGGAAAUGAUUAAGGUUUGGCAGGAAAUGGAGAAAGAGGUCACAAGCUCACUGAGAGAAAAUAAGUUCAGAGAUACGUCACAAUUCAGAGGAACAAGUUCUGUUUCCCAAAGUUUCAGUAGAAACACAGAAAUUCAAGUUAGAGAACAAGAAUUGGUGGCUGCUGACAAUCUCAGCACUAUUACAGAGGAAUCACCAGUCAAGGGUAAAGAAGAUGAAAAUGAAAGAGAGUCAACAGAAAAUGCAGUCUUAAGUCUGACGAAGAAGUUCAGCCAGCACAUACAGAACAAAGAAACUUUUAAUCAGUCGAGGAGGCGGGCCUCAGAGACGACCAUAAACACAGUUAAUAAAAUGAACAUACCAUCGCUGACAGAUGAAGAGACCAAGAAAACCCUCAAAGGAAAUCCAAACUUGGCACUCUCAUUAACAGCGUGUGUUCAGACAACACAAGAUGUACAACAGACACACACUUCCUCCUCCAAUAGUGUGACAGUUUUCUCUCCAGAACGUUCACACUCUAAAAGCCCCAUGCCAUUUGAGGGUUUUCUUUGGCCGGAUGUAAGUGAGCUGCGUUCCAUAUACACUUCUCUGGAGUGCGCUUCUCUCACACCACACACUUCUGCUGCAAAUACUCUCAGUCCAGGCUGCAGCAUGGACAACAAAAAAUCUCGGAUUCAGAGAUCCGGGUCUCUGGAUCAGAAACUGGUUGGCUUUGGCUGGACUGAUCUACAAAACAAGAAGGUGAACAGUGAUUACUGCAUCUCAGCACAGGCAAAGUUACCCAACAACAGGACAAUUGCUGUGCUGGAAAAAGUCAACAAGACAUAUACACACACCAGCCAAUCACAAAAUGUCCAGAUUCGGUCCCCCACGUCUUGUGAGAAAAUGUCUCUGCUGUCUGUGACCGAGCGCUGCCGAUUGUACGAGGAUCUGGAUGAGGCAGCUUUCAAAAUGGAGCCAGAAACCAGAAACAAAGACAAUAAAACUGAUAACCACAGCAAUGCCACACAGCAGGGUGUUGUCAAAAACCUCCGGGAAAAAUUUCUUAAUCUGAGUUAGAUGAAGGGUGCCUAUAGAGUAAAUUGUGUAGUGCAUUAUGUAAGAAAGAGAAAGUUCUUUGGGAUACAGCUCUAGCAAUUACUCAUAUUAUAUAAAUAUAACACACAAUACAGAUGGGUGACAGAUUAAAAAAAAAACAAUAUAAAAUGUCAGUGAGUGGUGAAUCCUGUGGAACAGCUUCAGUUCUGCUUGGCACAGAUUCUACACAUCUGGACUGUACUGUAAUCACUGUGAUGGCAAAUCUUUCUUCUAAAACAGGAGUUUUCAAUUUUAUCCACAAAGAGCUGGUGUGGCUGCAGGCUUUCAUUCCAACCAUAUAGGAGGCACACUUCGUAGUUGAUUGGAUACCAAGAUGAACUAAUUAUACAAGUGCAAUCACGUGUGACUCCUGCUUGACUGGAAUGAAAGCCUGCAGCCACACUGGCCCUUUGUGGAUAACACUGAAUUGAAGACCCCUUGUUCUAAAACAUCUUCCCUAAGUUGGUGUUGUGAUGACGGAGGUGGAGAGCGCUGUCUUAACACAUCGCUCAGGUGUUCAACUGGGCUGAGAUGUGGUGAGUGUGAAGGCCAUAGAAUGUGAUUUACAGAAUUAUCAUUCUCAUCAAACCAUUCAGUAAGACUUUGUGCCCUGUGGAUGGGAGAGGAAUCAUCCUGGAAGAGACCAAGCCCAUCUGGUUAGAAAUGUUUCAUCAUAAGAUUAAGGGGAAGGGAGAAGAGCUGCAGGAGUGAUCUGCAGGUGGCUUCACUGUAAGGGGAUGAAUGAAGACAAACCAUGGCAAUGACUUAAGUAAAUGUAAUUGUGACGUCAAUUCAAUCAGAUCUUCUCAUUUCUCUAUUUAAUAAUGCAAAUUAAUAACAUUAUGUUAAUUAGAGGUUAAUCAUUAAUGCACUUACUGUAACAUGAGAAUUAAGAUCAUGGUAGUUUUGUAUUAUAUUAAAAUAUCAGGAAUUAUUGUCUAUUUUUGUUUAAAGUUUUGAGUGUGUGUAUGUGCAUUUUAACUCUGAGUGUAUCAAAAUCUAAACAUCACUGUUUUAUUUCCUUCUAUUUUUUAUUUUAUGAUUUUACCACUUGUUUAGUAUAAUAGACAUUUUAUAAUCCAUCAUUGCUGUACAAAAAACCCCACAUCAAUGUUUUUUUUUGCUUUCACUAUACAACCGUGCUGCCGAACUUUCACCUAAAAAAAAUCUGCUUUAUAAAUUAUUUUAUUAAAAUGCCUAUUUGAUUUUAUCUUACUUGUAAAUUGUAAAGAAUACAUCUGAUUUAAUUCUGUUACAGAAAAGAAGUAAGAAAACUUCUAUAAAAAAUGAUUAGCAUAAAAUUAAUUUCCUUUAUAUUGUGAUUUUUCUUCAUUACUGAAUUUAUAAUAAUUUAUCUGCUAUUUAUUAAGAUCCUGAAGAUGAUUGUGUGGUUUAUGUAUACAUUUGUGUAAAAUAUACAUAUAAGAUAAAUUAAUGUGCAUGAUAUUUCUGUAUUUUGUCUCUAAAAAAGUCUACCUACCUUCAUUAAUGUUUAUCUAAACAACACAGUGUACAGCAGGGGUCAUCAAUAUUAUCCACAAAGGGCUGGUGUGGCUGCAGGUUUUCAUUCCAACCAUUCUAAUACCACCCAUUUAAUCCAUUCAUCUUUUCCCACAGUCAAUUAUCAGAUGUGGCUCCUGCUAGAACCCCAAUCUAGGGUUUUGAUACAGUAUUUGUUUUAAGUAAAUAGUUAAGAAAACAGUAGUAAUGUUCCAGAAAGAUCCAGGUUAAUUCUUUCCAGAACACAGCUUGUGAGUGGUGCAACAGAAAACUGUUUGGGGGAUCAUGAGAAUGAAUCCCUUAGUUUUGGAAACAGUGGCUUAAUACAAAACAAAUCCAAGAGGAAUAUGUGACUUAAAACGAUAUAUUGGAGACUUUGCAAAACUGCCAUGGUUCAGUCUGGCUACACAAUUAUUACAGUGUAUUGUUCAGAAGUACAUUGUAUUUUACUGUAUUUUUACAUUUUACCAUGUAUUGUAGUCUAGUACAGUGUAUUGUACAGUAUUGCAAUGUAUUGUGCAGUAGCAGAAUGUAAAGUGUAUUCAAUUCAAUUUUAUUUGUAUAAUGUUUUUAACAAUGGAUAUUGUCACAAAGCAGCUUUAGAGAACUAUAUAAAUUCCUGGUUUAAAUUUUAAAUGUAUAAAUUUAUCCCUAAUGAG